UACGUGGGAACAGUCAUUACGCCUGAGUGUCCCUUUUGCAAUCCCAUCUUCAAGCCUUACAUCUAUUCCAUUUGAAUCAGUUCAAGCAAAAAUACAUACUCGGACGAGAGACGUAAUAACAAAGCACGAGCACAUUCUGUCAACGUCUUGACUAGAAGAUGAGAAGCCAAGCGAUAAAAGAGGAACGGACAAAUGACUCGGGUCAAAAACAAGACCCCGUUGAGAGACGGAGACUACAGAAUAGGCUCUCACAGCGAAACCACCGCCGUAAAAUCCGCGACCGCAUCGCCAAACUCCAAGAGCGUGUCAUCGCCAGCGAACUGAGGGCUGCUGCCAGUCUGAAUGGCUGGGGAUACCCAAACCCAGGCCCAUCACCCAUGGAACCUGUUGCUCCAUAUGAAGCUGAGGGGAAACCACUCUCGUCUCCUUCGGAAAACGCAAUUCAUUUCGACCCAUACUAUCCCGCGCCGACGGGAGUUUGUCCUACCUGCAGCAGCUCCGUCGGGGCGAUACCCGUCAUCUGCUCCCAACCUUUGACACCGUCUUCGAUGUACGAACCCAUCAAAGAGGGCGAAUCGGCCAACUCGUCGCCUCCCUCGAUGGCAAAUGGCUUUUAUGAGUCCGGGUUGAGUUUUGUCAGCCCCGAUCUGUCUUCCCCGGCACUCAGCAAUUAUUCGGUGGCCGAGCUGAAUGCUCCGUUCCCUUCGGAAUCUUGGGACCAGGCGCAGUAUCCAUCAUCUGCGUUCUAUUAUGUCGCUACCGAGUCGUCGCUCCCACAGAUCAUGCAAACACUGGGUUCCGGGGCCUCGAGGACCAAGGCUCUCGUUCUGAUCCCGCAAGCACAAGCGUCAGGGAUAUCCAUGACUUCGCCGGUGGCUCAGUCUCCGUCAACCGGGGAGUCGGCAACGCCUAUAAGCCCUUUGAGUCUGCAAGGCUGUGGAUGUCAGUGUCAAGGCCAUGAGGCAGUUGGGUUGCCGAACACGGCGUUCUGUCCUGUGCAUUCGUCUCAGAAUCUGGAAAGUUGUACGCAGGGGAUUUUAUAAAUUUGUAUAUAGAAUAUGGCUGUCUUGUGAUAGGCAAGCCCAGGAUCUUUUGGGAUUUGAUUC